AUGCAGUUAACACAUCAGCUGGACCUAUUUCCCGAAUGCAGGAUUGUUGAUCCAUUUCAGAUACUUGUGGCAGCAAACAAAGCAGUUCAUCUCUACAAACUGGGAAAAAUGAAGACAAGAACUCUAUCAACUGAAAUUAUUUUCAACCUUUCCCCAAAUAACAGUAUUUCAGAAGCUUUGAAAAAAUUUGGUAUCUCAGCAAAUGACACUUCAAUUCUUAUUGUUUACAUUGAAGAGGGAGAAAAACAAAUAAAUCAAGAAGACCUAAUAUCUCAGGUUGAAGGUCAUCAAGUUUCUCUAAAAAACCUUCCUGACAUAACAAAUAUUACAGAAGUCAAAAAGAUAUAUAAACUAUCUUCACAAGAAGAAAGUAUUGGAACAUUAUUGGAUGGUAUCAUUUGUAGAAUGUCAACAAAAGAUGUUUUGUGAAAUGACAGAAGUAUUAAAAAUUUUCAGCAUUUAUAAAAAAAACAUGGAUUUUUCUUUGUUGAUUAUAAUAUGUUCAAUCAUAGAAAACACAGAAUGGUACAACAAAGAAAAAAAGCCACUACUAGUCUCUCUUAAUAUUUUAAAAGAUAGCCACUGUUGCUAUUAUGUGUUCUUGUCUUCUAGUCUUCUGUUUCUCUUCAAAUAUAUUUCAUCUUUAUGUAAUUGGAAUAA